AUGGUUAUACGAUGCUAUGUUGGUCGUCUCAUCAAAGCAAUUCCUCCACUCCUACUGAUGAAUCCUACCAACAUGGUUGUACGAUGCUAUGUUGGUCGCCACAUGACCCGUUUUUUUCUGAAUUCUCAAUAUUGUGUCACACCAGAAAACUACUAUGGACAGUGUGUUGCCCUCAGUUUUUGUCCGCAGAUAGUAAAUGUUUUUCAAACCACAAAUCAACGACAAGCUCAACAAUAUGUCAUACAGUCGCAGAGAGCUUGCGGAACAAGGAAUAUUAAUGGCGAUCCUGUGGUAUGUUGUACAAAUCCAAUAACAUCACCACAGCCACAACCAACCACAAGACCCAAUCGUCAAACGUCAAGACCAGUAACUCAGGCACCUUCAAAUCCCUUUUUCCCCACGCAAAGACCAAAUAUCAAUCCGACAAAUCCCUUCCUAAAUCCUACAAUAACACAGGCACCCAUAAUACGCCCAACACCACCACCUACUCCAGCACCCACACCAGCCCCUACCAUAGCACCGUCUAAUCCCGUCAUCGAUAAUAAAGCCACAUCUUGCCGCGGACCCGAUGGACGUGAGGGUACAUGCAUCGUUUUAAUCAAUUGCCCAUCAUUGAUCCAAGAAUUGCAAAUCAAACAGACAGAUCCGAUUUUCGCCAAUUAUCUUCGUGUUUCGAAUACAAUUUGUGGUGGUGCCAAUACUGUGGUUUGUUGUCCUCAGGCGACUUCGCAGCCCGUUACCUCUAGCCCCAUUGUGGAUAACAAGAAUGAUGUGAUACCACGGAGAUUGCCCACAGUUGAAGAGGGAUGUGGUUACACAAGUAAUUCGUACAAGAAAAUUGUUGGCGGUGAGGUGAGCAAGAAGGGUGCAUGGCCAUGGAUUGCUUUAAUCGGUUACGAUGAUCAGCUAUCACCCUCGCCAUUUAAAUGUGGUGGAGCGUUGGUGACAGCUCGUCACGUAGUGACUGCCGCUCAUUGUUUGCGAAGAGAUUUGAAAUUUGUUCGUUUGGGUGAACAUGAUUUGACCACAGACACCGAAGCUCGUCAUGUUGACAUUAAUGUUGUUAGGAGUGAAAGACAUCCUGAUUAUAAUUCCCGUAAUGGCCACAGUGAUCUUGCCAUUUUGUAUUUGGAACGCAAUGUCGAAUUUACAGAAUUCAUUUCACCUAUUUGCAUGCCUAUUACACCUCAGCUAAGGCAAAAAUCCUAUGUCAAGCAUACACCAUUUGUUGUUGGCUGGGGCAAGACCAUGGAGGGUGGUGUAUCAGCAAAUGUUUUGCAAGAGCUACAAAUCCCCAUCUAUGACAAUGAAGUGUGUCGGGAUCGUUAUCGCAAACAGAAUCGUCUCUUUACCGAAAAUCAAUUCGAUGAUGCUGUCGUGUGUGCUGGAGUUUUGUCCGGAGGCAAGGAUACAUGUCAGGGAGAUUCUGGUGGUCCACUAAUGAUACCAGAGCCCUACCAGAACAAUGUUCGUUACUAUCUGAUUGGUGUGGUGUCAUAUGGUAUUGGUUGUGCACGCCCCGAAAUUCCUGGUGUCUACACAAGUACUCAGCACUUUAUGGAUUGGAUCCAGCAAAAGAUUGCCGAUACUCCAUAG